CGUCCUGCAAUAAUUCAAGUUAAAGGGUCAAUCAAAAAUUUGGGAAAAUAACUCAAAGGGAAAAGUGAAUGAUUGUACCAAGUUUUAAUUAGCUUGGAUAAAAAGUUUACUUUCCUUUCAUGAGCGUUCCCGUAUUUAUUUUACUUUUAAACUCGUAAUUAUGGCAGGAGGAGUAAUUGUAAGCGGGGGUGGUAGACAAUAUGAAGGUCGUGUUACCGGCUUUGUUAUUAUUACGUGCCUGGUGGCCGCCACCGGCGGUCUAAUUUUCGGGUAUGAUAUCGGAAUUUCCGGUGGUGUGACAUCUAUGGAUAUUUUCUUAGAGAAGUUUUUCCCUUCGGUGUACAGAGCCGAAAAAAUGGCCACGGGCGAAAACCAAUAUUGUAAAUUCAAUAACGAGUUGCUAACGUUGUUCACGUCCUCUCUUUACAUGGCAGCCCUAAUUGCAUCUUUCAUUGCAUCUAAAGUAACCAAAGCUUUUGGAAGAAAAAUUUCUAUGCUUUUUGGAGGAUUAGUCUUCCUAGGUGGUGCACUUCUUAAUGCAUUUGCUCAAAACGUUCAAAUGCUUAUUGUUGGUCGUAUCUUACUUGGUAUAGGCAUUGGUUUUAGUAACCAGUCGAUACCAAUCUAUCUAUCAGAAAUGGCACCACCACAAAUCAGAGGAGCACUCAACAUAGGCUUCCAAAUGGCUAUAACAGUCGGCAUUUUAGCUGCAAAUCUAAUCAACUACUUCGCAUUAAGCAUGGGUGAAAAAGGAUGGAGACUAGCCCUAGGACUCGCCGGCGUCCCCGCCAUAGUCAUCACUUUAGGAGCUCUAAUCUUACCUGACACCCCAAACUCACUCAUUGACAGAGGCCACCCAGAACAAGCCAGAGAAUUGUUGAUGAAAAUCCGAGGAACCGAAAACGUUAAAGAAGAAUUUGAAGACAUUCUUGAUGCAUAUGAGAAAUCCAAACAAGUUGAAGAACCAUGGACUAAUAUUAUGCAACGACAUAAUAGACCUCAACUUACUUUUGCUGUUAUUAUCCCUUUUUUCCAGCAGUUUACUGGGAUUAAUGUGAUUAUGUUUUAUGCUCCUGUGUUGUUUAAGACGAUUGGGUUUGGUAAUCAUGCUUCUCUUAUGUCUUCUGUGAUUACUGGAGCUGUUAAUGUGGGUGCUACUGUUGUUUCGAUUAUUUGUGUUGAUCGGUUUGGGCGUAGGGCUUUGUUUAUUCAAGGUGGGCUUCAGAUGAUCAUCACUCAGGUGAUUAUUGGUGUAGUCCUCGGCAUGAAAUUCGGAGUCUCGGGAACAGGAUCAAUAGACAAAACAGACGCCAACAUUCUCGUGGCACUAAUAUGCAUCUACGUUGCAGCAUUUGCAUGGUCAUGGGGUCCAUUAGGAUGGUUAGUCCCUAGUGAAAUUUUCCCUUUGGAAACUCGAUCAGCAGGUCAAAGUAUCAACGUAUCAGUCAACAUGUUAUUCACCUUCAUUAUCGCACAAUGUUUCCUUCAUAUGUUGUGUGUCAUGAAGUUCGGCCUCUUCUUCUUCUUCGCCGGAUUCGUUGUCAUCAUGACGACCACCAUCUUCUUCUUCUUGCCUGAGACUAAGAAUAUUCCUAUUGAAGAAAUGUAUGGUGUGUGGAAAGCACAUUGGUUCUGGGAAAGAUUCAUCCCUGAUAGCUUGGUUGGCCGUAAUACUAAUAAGAAUUCUGAAAGAUGCUAAAAUAAUGGUUAAUAACUUAAUAUGGUUAAUGGGAAAAACCCGAAACUAGUAGAAACAACACAAAUACAAAAACAUGUACAAAUCAUAUGGUUGAUUUUGAUUUAAUUCAAUUUCUAAGUUAUUUUACUUGUGUUCAGCCUCUUUUAUUUUCUUUUUUUAGAAUAGUAUUACAACAAGAGCAUCAUCAACCAUAACAUAUACGGAGUAUAGCACUGGUUAAAUCAGUUGAAUACGACAUACCGUUAUGAGAAUAAACAUACUUCCUCCAUUUCAGAAAAAACCGCAAUACUGUACUUUUAGUUUUGUAACUAUUUAUACACCUAAUUUGAGUCAUUUGACCAU